AAAGACAAUUUAAUGCAUAUGAUUUCUCGCGCGGUGCGGUGGUGCGUGCAUUAUUUUGCGUGCGUUUAAUUUCGUAUUAUCAAGAACAAUGAUGGACCCGACGUUUCAUAGUGGUGAUAAUUUCGAAAAUUGUGACACGACGACGAACUCUAGCUGUCUAACGACGCCGUUUUCGGUGAAAGAUAUUUUAAAUUUAAAUAUUUCGAGUGACACUGACUUUGGAUGUUCUAGUUUGAAUUUUGCGAGUUUAAACAGUAUUAAAAAUGAGUAUGGGCAGUAUGAGGAGUUUAACUCUUUUUCGCAACAGCCCCAUUGGGAUAAUAACUACGUGGUGCCAACUUACGAUCAUUACAAUUAUAACUUUUAUAAUCCGUCCGAAACGAACAUUAAGUGCGAACCAAAUUACGCGAACAAAAAUUUCGUUUGUGACACUUCAUACGCAGCCCCUUCUCACGUUCAACAAUUAAGUAAUUUGUGCAUACCAUAUCAAGAUAGAAGUAAGGAGAGCGAAUUUACCGGAAUGGAAAGUCCAAAACACCAGCAAGUAACAAGUUCAAAAACAGAACUCCGCAAAUCGCACCGUCAGCGGACAAAGCGAAAACCGCGUGUACUUUUCAGUCAAGCUCAGGUAUACGAACUGGAACGCCGUUUUAAGCAGCAAAAGUACCUUUCCGCACCGGAACGUGAACAAAUGGCUCAAGGAUUGAAACUGACAUCGACACAGGUCAAAAUUUGGUUCCAAAACCGACGCUACAAGUGCAAAAGGCAGAAAUUGGAAAAAGGCAUCGACCAAGAAAAAUCGAAGUUGCCGAUAAACACCAACGUCUCCAGCUCGACGUCCGGAUAUUGCCUAACGAAUCAAUAUCAGACGGGAUACAGCUACGGUACCGGCAAUUUAAACGAAUUCGGCAACUGUAACGACAACAGUAAUUUUAACAUUAGAUUUAACGACUUUACAUACUAGUGGUAGUUUUACAUAAAAAAUGUAUAAGUUUACAA